AUGGAGGAGAUAAUCAUCCAUAUGAUCAUCAUCGCGCCACUGACCAAGUGGCUAAUAGGGCAGAAUAGGUCAUGGAACAAGGGCAAGCGAGAAUACGGAGUGUACAUCGCGCUGAUGCUCCUCUUCUGUGUGGGAAUAUACGAACUGAGAAAAUCGAACCAAAAUUUGUACGAAGUUCUGCAGAUAAAGUCAUAUGCAUCAAGGACAGAGAUUCAGCAGGCCUUCAGAAGGUUAUCCCGAGUGUACCAUCCGGACAAAAACAAAGAAGCAGAUUCAUUCGAGCGAUUUACGAGAAUAAGGGAAGCAUACGAAAUUUUAUCAAAUGAAAAAAAAAAAUACAUAUAUGACAGAUUUGGUGAUUUUGCUGGAAGCGAAAUUACCAAUUUUUUUUACGUGGAAAUUAUCAUCAUAGCGAUAUUUCAAUUUGCCAUUUCAUUUAUCUUUGGUUUUCUCUAUACCUAUGGAAAAGACAAUGAGAAGUAUCGAAUCUUAAUUUGUUUGUACAUUGGUCUGAACUUUUGCAUGGAGCUAGUUUUCCGAUUUAGUCCCGAGAGUACUCACUUCCUAUCGUUCCCUCCCAUUUUCUGUCACUACACGCCUUUCGAGAGGAUCCAUUCUCUGAGGGUGCUAGUCCCCCUUGUGAUGAAUGCCAUCCUCCUGGUCGAUGUUUACUUCAUCGAUGAAGACACGGAUCUCUACCUGUCCACCUUUUGCGAAUAUGUCUUUGAGAACAGCCAUAAAACUAUAAAGAACAUGGACGACGCCGUAAUCUUCUGUGCCCGUUUGGUCGAUGGCAAAGUGAGCAAGGCGAACAACUUCUCCUGGAGGGAAAAGGACCCCUACAGCGACAUGGCCAACAUUGACGAACUGGAGGAUGACGAAACGUAUGACAAGAAGUGCGACAAGAAUGAUCUCUUUUACAGGCUACUAUAUAACGUGGUCGAAACAAGCACAGAGGACGUGGACCUGAAAAUUCCCAAAAAGGCUCUCUGCCGUCGUUUCGACUGGUCCAGAUUGUACACGGAUAGCGUUAUGGAGAAAAACACCGAGGAGGUUCGAUUAGCCGAAAGCGCAAGUUGUAAAGACUUCGAAGAGAGCAACACGUCCAAAGGAAUCCUAUUUUCAUCUCUGCUGUACUUUAUUGGUUUGAUAUCUCAUUUGUUAUCCAAGUGA